AUGAUCUGUCUUCCACUGAAAGUCUGAAAGCGUUGAACCAUGAGAUCAGUCUAACUAAAUUAGCAUAUAUCUCUUAUAUAUAUAUAAUCAUUAUUAUCAUCAAAAAAACCUUAAAUACAGACUCAGGUCCUGUAAAUCAUCAUUACACAUAAUUAAUUAGACACCCUAAUUAUAUUACAAAUAAUUAGAAAUGAUAGCUUACAUUUCUAAAACUAGUAAUAACUCACUAACACUCUUAUGGGUGAUUAGUAUUGCUUUCUUCAUCAUUGUAGUCAAAGCUUCCCUUCAAGACUCACAUGUUUUUUCUCUACUACAGACCAAUUGGUGUGAAGACCAACACACCAGGCAGCACUGCCAAUGGCAAGGCAUCAGUUGUGACGAUAAUGAUCACAUUACUGAAAUUUCUUUACAUGAUAUUAAUGAUGGGCUGGCUUCAAUGGAGCAAAGAAUGUUAAAGAAUCUCAAUUUCAGUUGUCUUCCAAAUUUAGCUACUCUUGAUCUAUCUAAAGCAGGAGUUGUUGGGGUUAUUCCACGGGAGAUAGCUCAUCUUACAAAGCUCAUCCACCUUGACCUUUCCUACAAUGUUCUAACAGGUGAGAUACCUCUUUCACUAACAAACCUUUCUCAUUUGAAAGUACUUGAUCUCUCUUACAAUGAACUCAUUGGUUCCAUUCCUGAGUCCAUUGGUCUUUUGAUCAACCUUACUCGUUUAGAGUUGUGGGAUAAUCAAAUCAAUGGUUCCAUUCCUAACAGUAUAGGAAAGUUAGAGAACUUACUCUACCUAGAUCUAAACCCCAACUACCUCAGCGGACCGAUUCCCUCGGCUUUAUUUCGAUUAACCAAAUUAACUCAUCUCGAUAUUUCAAAUAACAAACUUAAUGGUUCUAUCCCUAAAGCUUUGGGUAAUUUAACCAAUUUGUCGUAUUUAUCUCUUCAGUUAAACCAAUUUAUUGGUUCCAUCCCUCCAGAAAUUGGCAACUUGAGAAGCCUAAAAGACUUACAACUCAAUCAAAACAACUUAUCUGGCUCCAUUCCUCAAGAAAUAAAAAACUUGAGAAACUUAGAAAUUUUGUACCUGAGUCAAAACCAUUUAACUGGUUCUAUCCCUCCAGAAAUUGGAAAGUACUUGAGAAACUUAAUAUAUUUGGUCCUAAGUCAAAAUCAUUUAACUGGUACUCUCCCUCCACAAAUUGGAAACUUGAGAAGCCUACAAACAUUGGAUCUUGGACAAAACAAAUUCAUCGGUUCCAUCCCCUUAGAAUUCCAAUUUUUAAGAAAUCUAACAUAUUUGGACCUUAGUUUUAAUGAGAUCACAGGUCCAAUUUUCCCUUCUUUGAUUGGUUUAUCAACUAUUCAAAAUCUUUACUUGAGUUCAAAUAGAAUCAAUGGUUCUAUAGGUAAAGAUAUUGAGAAUCUUUCAAAAUUGAAAAUUAUGGAUGUGUCAAAUAACAAUAUAUCAGGGAUCAUCCCGACCCAAUUUGUCUCCUUAUCAUACUUAGCCUACUUGAAUCUUUCUAACAAUAAUUUCAGAGGUCCAAUAGAAGAUGCCCUUCUCAAUAAACUAUCUACAGGAACAUCUGGACAUGAGUUAUUGUCUGACUUAUUUAUUGGAAAUAAGGAUUUAUGUUGCGAUACCAUAAGUGUCUUCCCAAAUUGCCCAAGAUCUUCCCGGACUAAAAAGAAUAUUACAAUAGUUAAAAUUCUUCUUCUCAUCAUCAUCUCAACCAUCUUCCUUUGCAUCGGGUUUGUCGUGAUUCUGAAACGCUGCCUUAAAACAAGAAAUGUUCUGCCUGAAGCAAAAUCAAAUACAAGAAAUGGCGAUAUAUUUUCAAUCUGGAAUUAUGAUGGAAAAAUUGCAUUUGAAGAUAUCAUCAAAGCAACAGAAGAAUUUGACAUCAAGUAUUGCAUCGGAACAGGUGGGUACGGUAGCGUGUAUAGAGCACAAUUACCUAGUGGAAAAAUAAUCGCAUUAAAGAAGCUCCAUGGUUCAGAGAUUGAAAAGCCAACUUUAAAAGAAAGUUUUCUCAACGAAGUAGAGACUUUGACAAAAAUACGCCACAAAAGCAUUGUGCAACUCCACGGAUAUUGUUUACACAAAAGAAGUAUGUUUUUGAUUUACGAGUACAUGGAAAGAGGAAGCUUGUUUUAUGUGUUGAACAAUGAUAAAGAGGCUGUUGAUUUGAGUUGGAGCAAAAGGGUUAAUGUCAUCAAAAGCUUAGCUCAUGCAUUAUCUUACAUGCAUCAUGAUUGUGCUCCUUCCAUUGUUCAUCGUGAUGUAACUACCACCAACAUCUUGUUAAACUCACAAUUAGAAGCUUUCUUAUCUGAUUUCGGUACAGCAAGAUUAGUUGAUCCUGAUUUUUCGUAUCAAACCAUGAUUGCCGGUACAUAUGGUUAUAUUGCUCCAGAAUUUGCCUACACCAUGACUAUAACAGAAAAAUGUGAUGUUUUUAGCUUUGGAGUGGUGGCGCUUGAAACUUUAAUGGGCAAACAUCCUGCUGAAUUAUUAUCUUUGGUAUUGUCGACAUCAUCUUCCUCACUACUUCAAAAUAAGUUACUGAGUGAGAUAAUAGACCAACGCUUGUCACGACCGAGAAAUCGCUUCAUCGAACGAGAUGUUGUUCUUGUUGCAAUACUAGCAUUUGCGUGCUUAAAUGUCCAACCGAAUUGUCGGCCAACAAUGUUGCAAGUUUCACAACAACUUCUUGCUCCGAAAGGACUUUUAGCCAAGAGUUUCAGUGAAGUUUUAGUAGGGCAACUCAUGAUCCCAAAGUGUUUAUUAGAAGAUGUUGAAACUUGAAAGUGAGGUUCAUUGAUAUGUUUUCAUCUGCGUGGCUUCACUAUUUUUUUUUUUCUUUUUUUGUAAACUAUAUGUAUAUGAUGUCCUCUUAAUUUUUCCUAGUUCAAGAUUUUAAUUAGUCAAUGAUGUUAAUUAA